UCCUAGAUCAUUCAUUUAGAGUCAAAUACCAGAGCCAGGGCUUACAUCCUGACCUGCUCUUUCUCCUCUUCCAAUGUUUCCUUAGCCAGGCCUGGGUUUGGCCCGAAAACGUACAGCUGUCUCCUCCCUCCCUAGCUCUGCUGAGGACCAGCUGUGCAGCAGAGUGAACUCCAUUCUGGACUCCAGUUCUGUAGCUGCUGUUGCAGUCUUCGCCGCUCGUGACGCUCCUUCAGGAAUCUCUGGCUUCCCGAGGAGACACACAGAGCUGAAAUCCCAAAUUGGGCUCAUCUAGAAAUUCACUUUACUGUCUCUGCAGGCGACAAUUUAUAUACACGCAGCGUCGUUCCCCGCCCACUCCCCACUGUGCCGCUACCUCUUGUUCCCAGCCCUCCCUCUCCCCCUUCUAACUCUUAAGUCAUCGCGUUGCAGUGAGCUGUCAUCUUAAAGUCUGAGAGCUGCAUCUUUCCCAUUCCUCCCUGAAGGGCGACUAUGCUCCUGUGCGGUAUCUUCUUGGCAGUGCAAGUGCUGCAGUUUGCCAGAGCUGUGGAGCUCCCUGCUGGCUCUUGUGCCUUUGAAGAAAGCACUUGUGGCUUUGACUCAAUAUUUACAUUUUUGCCAUGGAUUUUAAAUGAGGAAGGUCAUUAUAUUUAUGUGGAUUCUACCUUUGCCAAGCAGGGGGAGAAAGCAGUCCUGCUGAGUCCUGACCUGCAGGCAGAGGAGUGGAGCUGCCUUCGGCUAGUUUAUCAGAUUACCACAUCUUCACUGUUUCCAUCCAUCCCCAGCCAGCUAAAUCUCUAUAUUAGGUUGGCAGGAGAAAAUUUUGAUCAUUUGCUGUGGUCAACCAAGGACUCUUCUGAUAGCUGGCUCAUAGCCAGUCUAGAUUUGCGAAAUAGCACUAAGAAAUUCAAGAUAUUAAUAGAAGGUAUACUGGGGCAAGGAAAUAUAGCCAGUAUUGCAGUCUUUGAAAUUAAGAUGAUGACUGGAUAUUGUAUUGAGUGUGACUUUGAAGAAAAUCAUCUUUGUGGUUUUUUAAAUCGUUGGAAUCCCAAUGUGAACUGGUUUGUUGGAGGAGGAAAUAUACGGAAUUCACAUUCGAUUCUUCCUCAUGAUCACACACUCAAAAGUGAACUGGGUCACUAUAUGUAUGUGGACUCUGUUUAUGUUAAGCAUUUCCAAGAAGUUGCCCAACUUAUCUCCCCAAGGACAACAACUCCCAUGUCUGGCUGUCUGUCUUUUUAUUACCAACUCCAGCAAAGAAAUGAUAAUAUUUUCACCCUUUAUACCCGGGAUGCCAAUGGACUUUAUGAAGAGAUAUGGAAAAUUGACAGCUCUAUGACUGAAACAUGGAACCUAGCUGAGGUUGACUUCAAUGCUCCAUAUCCAAUGGAGGUUAUUUUUGAAGUUGCUUUUAAUGGUCCCAAGGGAGGAUACAUUGCCCUGGAUGAUAUUUCUUUCUCUCCAGUUCAAUGCCAAAACCAUACAGGGGUUUCUUUUGAUGCUUCAGAAACAAGUUGUGAUUUUGAGGAAAAUCUAUGCAAUUUCUAUCAAGAUAAAGAUGGCCCUGGCUGGAACAGAGUAAAAGUAAAACCUAAUAUGUACCGAGCAGGAGACCACACAACAGGAUUUGGUUAUUACUUGCUGGCGAAUACAAAGUUUACAUCACAGCCAGGGUAUAUUGGACGUCUCUAUGGUCCUUCCCUACCUGGAAACUUGCAGUAUUGUCUACGUUUUUACUAUGCCAUAAAUGGAUUUUUUAAAAUGAGUGACACCUUAGCUGUCUAUAUCUUUGAAGAGAACCAUGUAGUCCAAGAGAAAAUCUGGUCAGUUUUGGAGUCCCCACCGGGAGUUUGGCUUCAAGCGGAAAUCACUUUCAAGAAGCCCAUGCCUUCUAAGGUUGUUUUCAUGAGUUGGUGUAAAAGCUUUUGGGACUGUGGCCUUGUAGCCCUUGAUGAUAUAACAGUACAUCUGGGAAACUGCCGAUUUACUGAGUUGAUUCCACCCCCACCAGGGGAGUGCACUUUUGAGCAAGAUGAAUGUACAUUUACUCAAGAAAGAAGAAACCGGAGCAGCUGGCAUCGAAGGAGAGGAGAAACACCUACAUCCUACACAGGUCCAAAAGGGGAUCACACUACUGGGGUAGGCUACUACAUGUACAUUGAGGCAUCUAAUAUGGUUUAUGGGCAAAAGGCAAGAUUGGCAUCAACAUCUCUAAGAGGAGUCAUUGGAAAGCAUUGUCUCACAUUUUUCUAUCACAUGUAUGGAGCAGGAACUGGACUUUUAAAUAUUUACUUGAAAAAGGAGGGCUAUAGACAAGAAUCCCUCUUAUGGAGAAGAAGAGGUGAACAGAGUAUUACCUGGCUAAGAGGACUGGUCGAAUACAGCUAUGAAAGGCAGCACCAGAUUGUUUUUGAAGCUAUUCGGGGUGUAUCAAUAAGAAGCGAUAUUGCUAUUGAUGAUAUUAAAUUUCAGGCGGGACCCUGUACAGAAAUAGAAGAUGUGACUCAGCAGUCAUCAGGAUUUUCUGAAGACCUGAAUGAAAUUGAGUAUUAAAGAAAUAUUUUCUGAAUUGGAUGACAUGUCAUAUCAACUAAACAACUGAAACUUGCACACAACCUCUCUCCCAUCUUGAAAAAAAAGUAAUUGCAUACUGAACAGUUUAGAAUAUUUCAAUUACAUAUGAAAAGAAUUGAGUACCUUUCCCUCCUCACUUUUGCAAGAUUACUGACUCAGGGCUUUUUAGACCUUUCCUAUUUUAUUAUUAUUUUUGGCAUGUGACAACUGCUACUGUAUGUACAGGCUUUUCUAUUUUGCACAGAUUUUGUAUCUUAAUAUUUUUAUUGAUUUUAAAUCAUUUUUAAAGUUCACAGAUCAAGAUAAGAGAAGUACCACCACAGGGCUGUAUGUAAUAAUUUUGUAGCAAUGGGCCCUUAGAAAUAACAGGUACAUUAAAAUAUGCAACUUAGCAAGACAUAAAAGAGUGGAGACUUCCAGGUUGGUCCUGGAUGUCCCCAGAUGAGACCAGGAAUUCAAUGAUCCAUUGUGGCUAUGAUCUUAGGGUAUAAUCCAAGACAUGUGCUCACUUAAAUCUGCAUUCAGUGAAUGUUUGUACUGGGUAAAAUAUUAGUCUUAUGGGGAGUUGGUUUGGUUUUAAUUUCAAAUAUAACAAAUGUUUAAAGUAAAUAAUGUUGGAUAUUCAGAUAUGCAGAUUGAAUGCAGUUUUUCAUGGUGACAAGUUUGUUUGGAGUCUUUUACUCGUACUUUGUGUUCCAUAAAAAUAGUUUUGUUUUGUUUUGGGUUUUUGCUACUUGUUGCCAUAGCAAUUACUCUAACGAAUUUGUCAUUCUUGUUUAUGACAAAAGGGACUACAUAAAUGUUCCAGCACUAGUUAGUUAAUGCUAUAUUAUGGUACAAUGCUAUUUGUCUUUUUUUCUGCCUUCAAAUUUUAGUUACCAGUCUUCAAUGAACAUGUGGAUGGAGAUUACACAUUUUUAUCAAGUUGGUUUGAAACUAUUUAUGCACAUACUUCCACCACUUUUUAUAAAUGUAUUAGUUAAUUUUGUUGUGGUCAAAUGUAUUGAUAUUCAAGUUUUGAGAAAAUUAGAUUCAAAUAAUUAAAUAGAACUACUGGCUGUUAUUGAACUUUUAAAAUAGUCUGUGCAUCUAUAUACUCUAUCAUGCUGUUUUAAAUGACAAAAUAUCUGAUAAAUGAAAUUUUAAAUGAUCUCCUUUUUGGUGUCCUUUGUGGAAAGAGCACUGGCCUGGGAGUUUAGUUUUAGUUUUUCUUUUAAAGCUAAAGAUUCUAAGAGAUUUGGGUGAAGAGAGACUGUACAUAAGAAUAAAAGUUAUAUUGUGUAUCUAAUUUAUAUUUUAAUAUAUUUAACAUCUACUGGUCAU